GCACACCACUCGCAGAUCUUUUCCAAACUCCUGAAAGUUUCACCCAUGGCUUCUCUCAACUCACUUGCCUUCCUCACCAUAUUCCUUGCUAUGCACUUCGACAUUGCUAAAACAGACUUUUUAUCCCCUCUUCUGCAACCCAUCUUCAAUGAUGUAUGCAAAGAAGUGGGAUGUGGAAAAGGGAAAUGCAAGCCUUCUUCAAAUGGAACACUCCCUUAUUAUAUCUGUGAAUGUGAUGCUGGCUGGAAACAAACUGCUGCUGAUAAUGAUGAUGAUCAUCAUCCCAAGUUCCUCCCUUGCAUUUUCCCCAACUGUACGCUCGACGAGGCUUGUGCAGCAGCUCCUUCCCCGGUGCAAGAAAAGGCAGCUAAAGCAAAUCAAUCCGUCUUUGAUAUCUGCCGGUGGACUAACUGUGGUGGAGGAUUGUGCAACAAGACGUCGCCGUUUACGUACGAUUGCAAAUGCUCGGAGGGUCAUUUUAAUCUUCUUAAUGUCUCUGCCUUGCCUUGCUACAGAGAAUGUGCAAUUGGGAUGGAUUGUGCAAACCUUGGUAUCUCCAUGUCUAACAGAUCUACUUCCGUAACACCGGCAUCGUCCGGAAACGAUGCGAAUCGAGCCGGCUCGAAGCUGUUGGGAAAUUGUCAUUGGCUUAUUAUGUUGGUGCUGUUGCUGGCUAUGGUUGUUUGAUGUGCAUAUAUAAAGCUGCUUACUUUUAUAAUUUUGGUUUAACUACACCUUUAGUACCUAAACUAUUAGUUUCAGUCCGUUUUA